AUUUAUUGUCAAGUUUCAAAAAUAGGAAGAUAGAGAUGAAGUGAUAAAAAGGAAGUACUAUUUCUUUGAUAAGAAACCAGUCCUAGUGCAGAAAUGGAAGCCUGGAAACAAGGUGGAUAUCACUGAUCUCAAGGAUAUCCCUAUUUGGAUACAAUUCCCAGAUCUUGAGAUGAAGUACUGGAGUGCAUCGGGCCUGAGCAAGUUGGGAAGCCUUAUUGGAAGACCUGUAAAAAGAGACAAAGCUACUGCCAAUGGGAUGAAGUUUGCAUUUGCAAGGAUCCAAGUGGAGGUAGGGGUGUAUCAGGAUUUCCCAAAGCAGAUUAAUUACAUUGAUGAAGAAGAUAGGGUCAUAACCCAGAUGGUGACCUAUGAGUGGUAUCCUUGUAUGUGCUACCAUUGUAAGAAGAUAGGGCAUGAGCAGGAGUAUUGUAGACUGAAAGAUAAAAAACAGGAGAAACAGGAGCCAAGGAAAAUGGUAUGGAGGGUCAAGAAGGAUAAAAGUGACCAAAAACAGGAUAAUUUUGAGAUAGAAACUGAUAUAGAGGAGCAUAAAGAGAUUACCAAUGAAAAUAACCCAGAAACCCUAGACCAAGAUGGGUUUACUGAGGUUAGUGGGAGGAAAGCCGCAAGGAAGUUGGUAUUGGAGAAUAAAGAAGUGUGUGAUGAGAAAGGAUUGAACAAAAUACUGAGUUUUGACGAGAGAAUUGGAGGCAGCCCAGUAACAUGGGAAGAGAUUAAGGACUUCAAAGAGUGUGUUCAGAGUAAUGGACUGGAGGAUCUCCCCGCUGAGGGAGCUCAAUACACAUGGUCCAAUAAACAAGGCCCAGGCAGAAGGAUCUACUCAAAAAUAGACAGGGCUUUAAUCAAUAUCGAAUGGACCGUCCAGACUCUGACAAAGUUACAGGUCAGAGAGGUAGGUCUAUCAGAUCAUACACCCCUUAUAAUCAAGGUGUGGGAGCAGGACAAGCGUGGUAAAAGGUUUAAGUUUUGUGAUAUGUGGACUUUGGAUCCCAACUUCCAUAUCUUGGUAAGGGAGAGCUGGGAUCAACAUAACCAAGGAAGAAGUAUGUACCAGCUGGUCAGGAAGAUGAAGAAUUUAAAGACUUCACUCAAAAAGCUAAAUAGGGAGAGGUUUGGAAAUAUUAUCCAAAAGUGUGACAUAAUUAGGGAAGAACUAUUCUCUAUUCAACAGAAGAUUAAGAAGAGUAUUAAUAAUGAGUCACUGAUCAACAAAGAGAAACAUUUGAUCCAACAACUGAAUUGGAAUUUGAAAGCAAACUAUCUACUGAAGUGUCAACAAGCAAAGCAAGAAUGGAUUCUUGAAGGUGAUCCAGACUCCAGGCUAUUCCAUGCAUGGAUUAAAAGGAGACAUAUUCAAAACCACAUCACUGCAAUAUAUAACAAGAAGGGAGAGAUGGUUGAAGGCAAGGAUAAUGUGGCUAGGACUUUGAUGGAAUACUACCAAGAGAUCCUAGGGACUACAGUAUGGACUAAAAACAUUAAAGAUGAGAUUAUCAAAAGAGGAAGGGUUUUGACAGUGGAACAGCAGCUGAACUUGAUAGCCCCCAUCCCCCCAGAACUGAUUAAGAAAUACAUAUUUGAGAUCCCUAACUAUAAAAGUCCAGGACCGGAUGGAUUUAGCAGUGGGUUCUUCAAGAACCAAUGGAGCUUAGUGGGGGACUUGGUUACACAGGCAGUAAUGGAGUUCUUCCAAACAAGCACUACCCUUAAAGAGCUAAAUGCAACCAUCAUUACCCUCAUUCCUAAAGUAGAUUGUCCUAAAGGCCCUGCAGACUUCAGACCUAUCUCGUGUUGCAACGUGAUUUACAAGGUCAUAUCAAAAAUAAUCUGUAGUAGAUUGAAAGAGGUCUUGGCAUAUAUUGUUGAUCAAAACCAAGGUGCUUUCAUUUCGGGUAGAGAUUUGGUCCACAAUGUCUUGGUUUGUCAGGAAUUGGCUAGAGGCUAUAAAAGGAAGGGGAUAUCCUCCCAAUGUAUGAUGAAACUUGAUAUCAAAAAAGCAUAUGAUUCUGUUAGUUGGAAGGCGAUGACACAAAUCCUGCAAGCCAUGAAGUUCCCACCUAAAUUCAUAGAGUGGAUUAAUUUCUGUGUGACAAAUACAGCAUUCUCAAUUCAACUUGAUGGUGAAAUGUUUGGGUACUUUAAGGGAGGGAAAGGACUCAGACAAGGAGAUCCCAUAUCACCAUUGUUAUUUGUGGUGGUCAUGGAAUAUCUCACAAGGACUCUCCAUCACUACGCUGAUCUGAAGAGGUUUAAAUUUCAUCCCAUGUGUAAGUCUUUGAAGCUGAUUAAUUUGGUUUUCGCAGAUGAUUUGAUUGUGGUGUGCAAGGCAGAUGAGGACUCUAUUAAGGCUGUAUUGAGUGCACUGGACCACUUCAAAGAGGUUACUGGCCUACACAUAAACACUGAAAAAUCUCAGAUUGUUAUGGGUGGAUUGAACUUAGAAACAGAGAAUAGAUUCUUGAGACUAACUAAAAUGACUAAAGGGGAAUUUCCGUUCAGAUACCUAGGCUGUCCCAUCACAGCUGCAAGGAUUGGACAGAGGGAAUGUGAUAGGCUUGUUGAAAAGCUUACCACUAAAAUCAGCUCUUGGGUGACUAAGCAACUUUCAUACACGGGUAGGAUAAGACUUAUAAACUCUGUGCUGUUUGGUAUUGUCGCCUUCUGGUCUAGAAUGUUUAUCAUUCCAAACAAGGUCAUGAAAAAGAUUCAAGACGUAUGCAGGAACUUCCUCUGGGGCUCUUCACCCAUGUACAAGAGAUGUCCACUUGUGGCAUGGGAGGAUAUCUGUCAGCCUAAGGCCAAUGGGGGGUUAGGCUUGAAGAACUUAGUAAAAUGGAAUAAAGCUAAUGCUAUGCAGCUGAUCUGGGAUAUAGCCAACAAAAAAGAUAUCUUAUGGGUUAGAUGGAUGCACCAUAGGUAUCUAAAGCAAAGCACAAUAUGGCAGUAUAAAGGAAGUGGGGACAAAUGUUUCUACUGGAAAAAACUAUUGAAGGUGAGGGAAGAGUUUAAGGCCAUGCCUGUGAAGGGAGAUUAUACUAUUCAGGAAGGCUAUAAGUGGGUUAUGGGAGAGAGAUCUAAAGUGGCAUGGGCUAAUACAGUUUGGAACAAUUGGACCCAGCCGAAACACCAAAUAGUGGCUUGGCUAAUCUGGAAAGGGAGACUACAAACAAGAACCAAGUUGAGCAAAUUCAUGCAACUGGAUACUAGAUGUGGAAUAUGUGAGAGGUAUGAAGAGGAUCUGGACCAUUUGUUUUGUUCUUGCCAAUGCGCCACGGAAGUGCUUAGUGAGGUAUUUAAAUGGAUGGGAAUGGACAUUAAUGUUCAUACACUAAGAGAGGUGGAGAAGAUGAUGGAUGCUUGCAAGAGUAGGAAAGAAAGAAAGCUAAGGGAAGCAACAUUCAACGCUUGUUGUUAUGCUAUAUGGAGAGCUAGAAACCAGAUUAUCCAUGGGAAAGAACCCAUCUCGGCUAAUGAGUGCAUUGAAUACCUUAAAUUCCAAGUUUAUACUUUUGUAAUUCCUAAAUCUAAGUAGCAAUAGGGAGAAUGAUUGUUUAGCCGAGAGCUAAGUUUGUAUUGAUUCCUAUGGAAUAAAAAUUUGCAUUUCGUUCAAAAGAUAGAAACUUGUCCAUAGUAGAUAUCCGAGAGGAGCAGUUUGAUUGAUCUGAAACCAAGCUUCCAUCAAUGGCCAAACAUAGUUGGAAAAGGGUUUGAAAAUGAUGUGAUGCAGAUAUACGUAACAAAGCAGUCUUCAAGAC